GCUUGUAUUCUUGCUCAUUUAUAUAAAAUUCAAACAAAAAAAAAAAAACAAUUCCUCAAAUUGGGCAUAUAUAUACAAAUUGAAUUGAUCAUCAUCCAGAAGUUUACAAAUACUUAUAUAUGAAGAAAGAUUAUGCUUAACAAACCAAUGUCAAACUAAAAACCUUUUAGCAAAAAUUCUUCCAGCUGCCUCUAUGAAGAUUCUACUUAAUCUUUUGGCAGAGUAUGGAAGCCUGAAAAAGUUUCAAAGUUUCAAUCUUUUUUGUGCUCUGUUUCUUCAGUUCAUUUUAUUCUUCCCAGUUAAAGCAGACUCACAAUCAUCCACCCCAAAAGCAUCUGAUUUAGCUUCUUCACAAGAUGUUGUCAGCAAUUUCCAGCCAAGCUUAGCUGUUGUGAUUGGCAUCCUUGCUAUCAUGUUUUCUUUGACUUUCAUCCUUCUGCUUUAUGCCAAGUUCUGCAGGAAUGUCAACUCCUCUGGCUCUGUUCAUAAUCACCAUAUCUUUGAUGGGUUGCCUCGUUCAAGGUCUCGCUUUUCGGGGAUCGACAAAACUGUCAUUGAAUCUCUUCCUCUGUUUCGAUUCUCUUCUUUGAAAGGGUCAAGAGAAGGGCUUGAAUGCGCAAUUUGUUUGUCCAAAUUUGAAGAUAUUGAAAUUCUUAGAUUGUUGCCCAAAUGCAAGCAUGCUUUCCACAUAAACUGUCUUGAUCAGUGGCUUGAGAAGCAUUCAAGUUGUCCUCUUUGCAGGUUUAAAGUCAGCCCAGAUGAUCUUUCAACCUUCACUUAUUCCAACAGCUUGAGAUUCUUGUGGAAUCAACAGGAAUUGACACAGGAAUCGUCCAAUUUAGAGCUGUAUAUCCAAAGGGAAGAAAGUCACAGGGGUUCUUCAAGAUUUAGUGCUAUUUUUGCAGAAAGUUUUAGGAAGUCAGAGAAAGACAAGAAGGAAGAUGAAUUGCCUAUUCAACAACAACAGAGUGGUGAUGAUGAUGGUGAUGAUGGAGAAGGGAAAGUGUUGCAUAAGUUCAACCACAAGAUUAUUGUGUCUGAUUCUGUUCUGAUGAAGAAUAGGUGGAGCAAUGUUAGUUCCUCUGACCUAAUGUUCUUGAAAUCAGAAAUGUUGAAUGAAGAAUCAAGCAGCAGAUUCUCUGCUUUGGAAUCAAGUAAUGAUGGCAGUAAACAAUGCAGUACUCCAACAAGGAUGAUUGGAGAUGGUGAAGCUAUGAAUAUCAAGGAAGAAAUGGAAAGGAAAAGAGAAUUUGAAAUCAAGUUGAGCAAACUCCAUCAAAAUGACUCCUUUUUUCCACCAUUAACAAAUCAUUCAAAAGCAUCAGAUUCUCAAAGGAAUUCAAAAAUGAAUCCAUCCCAUGUACUAAAUCCCUCAGAGAAGAGAUCCAUGUCAGAGAUUGUGGUCCAUCCUAGAUUUUCGACAGAGUUCGAGAUCAACCGGCCGGGAAAUAUCAACUUUGAUGACAACAGAGGAGGUAAUCUUGCAGAAAACAGUGUCAAGGAAGAAAAAAUGAGGAGACUUUGGCUGCCAAUUGCAAGAAGAACAGUACAAUGGUUUGCAAACAGAGAAAGAAGCUCAACCCAACAGCCUCAAUACAGAAGAGAGUCAUUAAAUGUGUAAAUAUCUUUGAAAUGAUGUUCUUGAAUCCAUGGAAAUGAACUCUCUUCCGUAGAUGACACUUCCAAGUUCAUUUUGAUAGUUUUUACUGUUAGAGAUCAAAACCGGUUUUACUACAGAUACAUACAAGACUACUUUUUGUACAUGAAUUAUGGAGAUUUUACUGAUAUCCAAAUCAAAGUUGGACUCUGUUUCUACUACAUUUUGGAGCUUUCUUGCUUAGAUUAAUAAUGGGAUUUUGACCUUUUGAUUCCUUUUGUAAUUCUUGUUAGAUA